GCGAUUAAUUCGCGACUGGAAAAUAAUCGCACAUUGAAAUUUUCCAAUCAGAGUUUAGUGGCGCGGUCUACCGGAAAUCGGCGUUGUCUCGAAUUAUUUAAUUAAUUUUGAGCGUUUUCCGAUUUUAUGGGAUAAUAAAAGCGACCAAAUAGAGGAAUUUAUAGGAAUCAAUUAGCUUAAAGUGACAGCCGCUUCUCUAUAUUUACGCAACGGUUUCAGUGAAAAGCGUGCGAAUUAGAAAGCGACAUUGUCAGUGAAAAUGUGCUGAAAGUUUACUGAAAUGUCGAUCAUAAAUAGCAAUCACGUGUCAGCCAUCGCCGAAAAUCACUGUCCGAUUACACACAAUUCGCCCGGAGCAUAUAGAAAACCCAUACGAUUGAAAAAUAUCAUUAGCAAAGCUGAAGCUUUCGAUUCACUGCAUCUGAGACCAUGCGAAAACACCGUGUGCAGCAACAAUGUUUGUUUGGGCAGCAUGAUGGCGCUCCCUUUACGCAACGAAAUCAGGACCCCCCAAGAAAUCCUAAAACACGCUAAGGACUUUCUGGAUCAAUAUUUCACGUCGAUCAGACGGGCCAACAGUCCCGCGCACACUUCUCGAUGGGAGCAAGUCCAGAAGGAAGUCAACACCACCGGGACCUACCACCUCACCGAAACCGAACUCAUCUACGGAGCCAAACUGGGCUGGAGGAACGCUGUUAGGUGCAUCGGAAGGAUCCAGUGGUCUAAAUUGCAAGUUUUCGACUGCCGUUAUGUAACCACCACCAGCGGAAUGUUCGAGGCGUUGUGCAACCACAUCAAAUACAGCACUAACAAAGGCAACAUUCGGUCGGCAAUAACGAUCUUCCCCCAGAGAACCGACGGCCGUCACGAUUUUAGAGUAUGGAAUCCCCAACUGUUGAGUUAUGCCGGAUACCGGCAGCCUGACGGGUCGAUCCUCGGAGAUCCCCUCAAUGUCGAAUUCACCGAAGUCUGUCUGCGACUGGGAUGGCGGGGCCCCGGCACCAAGUGGGACAUCCUCCCCUUGGUGUUGUCCGCCAACGGACACGACCCCGACUACUUCGACAUCCCCUCCGAACUGAUCUUCGAAGUCCCCCUCACGCACCCCACAUUGGAGUGGUUUGGAGACCUGGGCUUGAAGUGGUACGCCCUGCCGGCCGUGGCCAACAUGAUGUUCGACGUGGGGGGCCUCCAGUUCACCGCCGCCCCCUUCAAUGGGUGGUACAUGAGUACAGAAAUCGGUUGCAGGAACAUCUGUGACACGCACCGACUUAACAUGCUCGAGCCUGUGGCCCUCGCUAUGGGCCUAGACACCCGAACCCCAGUGACUCUCUGGAAGGACAAAGCCAUGGUGGAAGUCAACGUGGCGGUGCUUCACAGUUUCCAAGCAAAGGGAGUAACGAUAGUUGACCACCAUACAGCCUCUGAGUCCUUCAUGAAGCACCUGGAGAACGAAGUGAGACUCCGGAACGGCUGCCCUGCCGACUGGGUCUGGAUCGUGCCACCCUUAAGUGGGUCGGCGACCCCGGUUUUCCACCAAGAGAUGGCACUGUAUUACUUGAAGCCGUCUUACGAGUAUCAAGAAUCUGCGUGGAAAUGUCACGUGUGGAAAAAAGGCCGGGAAUCCGGCAAAAGCAAAAAACCAAGACGUAAAUUUCAUUUCAAGCAAAUAGCAAGGGCGGUUAAAUUUACGUCAAAACUGUUUGGAAGAGCGCUUUCGCGCCGCAUCAAAGCAACAAUUUUAUAUGCCACUGAAACCGGAAAGUCUGAAAGUUACGCCAAAAAGUUGGUUGAAAUUUUCGGACACGCAUUCAACGCCCAAGUCUACUGCAUGUCCGACUACGAUAUAUCGAGUAUAGAACAUGAAGCACUUCUCCUGGUUGUCACUUCAACUUUUGGUAACGGCGAUCCUCCAGAAAACGGAGAAGAGUUUGCCAAAAACUUGUACACACUGAAGUUAAGCGAAAACGGAAUUUCGAACGAUGACGCAACCAAACUCAGCAUGACCAUGGCUACAUCAAAAUCCUUCAUUAAAGCAAAUAGCCAAAGCGAGAUCGCUACUGCCAAAAAGUUAGAUCGCUUGGAUUCGUUGAGAGGAUCUGUUAGCGAACCGUUAUUGGAAGACACUUUCGGACCUCUCAGCAACGUCAGGUUUGCAGUUUUCGCCCUUGGUUCGAGCGCUUAUCCCAACUUUUGCGCCUUUGGGAAGUACGUCGAUAAUCUUUUAGGCGAAUUGGGGGGCGAAAGGUUGUGCAAAAUGGCCUCCGGGGAUGAAAUGUGCGGCCAGGAACAAGCUUUUAGGAAAUGGGCACCACAAAUAUUCAAAGUUGCUUGCGAAACUUUCUGCCUUGAUGAUGACGACACUCUCCUGGAAGCCACAAUGACCCUCCAAAGUGAUUCCUUAACUUCGCAAACCGUCAGAUUUGUCUCCUCCAAAGCCGAAAAUAUCACAACCGCACUGUCAAAGUGUCAUAACAAAAAAGUCUACUCUAGUCGCCUCUUACGCCGAACAAACCUCCACGGGGAAAAAUCUUCAAGAGCAACGCUCCUCCUUGAAUUCGAAAACAACCUUUCGUAUAAACCUGGUGACCACUUAGGGGUGUAUGCAAUUAACAGACCCGAACUCGUGGAUAAAAUUAUCGACCGAUUGAAAGGAGUUGAUGAUCCUGACGCUCCCAUUGAACUCCAAAUCCUCAAAGAAACGCACACUUCAAACGGCGUCAUGAAGACCUGGACUCCACAUGAACGCCUCCCUACUUGCUCGUUGAGGACCCUCUUGUCAAGGUUUCUGGAUAUAACAACUCCCCCAACCCCCAAUUUACUCCAACACUUUGCUUCCAUCGCCACGGAUCAAGAGGAUCAGCGCAAACUUGAACUUUUAGCCACAGACUCUGCAGCUUACGAAGACUGGCGCCACUGGCGGUAUCCAAAUCUCCUUGAAGUCCUUGAGGAAUUUUCUUCAGUCUCGCCCCACGCUCCCCUCCUUAUAGCACAGUUGAGUAUCCUCCAACCACGAUUCUACUCGAUUUCCUCGAGCCCAGCUUUGCAUCCCAACGAAGUGCAUUUAACAGUAGCUGUGGUAGUUUACAGAACACAAGAUGGGGAAGGCCCCGUUCAUUACGGGGUAUGUUCUAACUACCUCCAGGACGUUCCUGUAGGACAAGAAGUGUGUUUUUUUGUUAGAACAGCCCCUAAUUUCCAUUUACCCAACGAUCCUAUGACUCCCAUUAUCCUAGUGGGACCCGGGACGGGAAUAGCCCCUUUUCGAGCAUUCUGGCAACACAGAUUAGCUCAAGUGUUAACAGGGAAGAAAGUUGGGAAAAUCUGGCUGUUUUUCGGCUGUCGCACAAAUGACUUGGACUUGUACAAAGAGGAGAAAAACGAAAUGUUACGAAGAAAAGUUUUGGAUAAAGUGUUUUUGGCCUUGUCACGAGAACCAAAUGUUCCUAAAACGUAUGUACAAAAUUUGGCGCUGAAAGAAGCCGACGAAAUUUAUAGAAUACUAGUCUUGGAAAAAGGACACUUCUAUGUUUGUGGAGACUGUACAAUGGCUGAACAUGUCUACCAAACAUUGAAAAAUAUAAUUCAGAAAUAUGGAGCCAUGAGUGAGAAACAAGCAGAGGAAAAAAUUUUGUCGCUGAGGGAUGAGAACCGGUAUCAUGAGGAUAUAUUUGGGAUUACUUUAAGGACUGCUGAAGUACAUAACAGAUCAAGAGAGUCGGCGAGGAUUCGAAUGGCAUCUGAACCUUAACACCAUUUAAAUUUAUAAAAUUUGUUGUUGUCGAUAAUUGUUUUUAUAUAAAAUUAUGUACAAAAAAUGUUUGGAAGAAAAAAUAUCUUCUUGUGACUUUUCUCUACUUAUAGCACAAACUCAAGGUUAUGCACAAUUAAACUUCCAUAUUUUAAUGUAUUAGGACUUUAUAUCGUUUUAUCUUGUGAUUUAAUGCUUCUAUAACUCACAUUGUUGUUGCAAAGGAAAAAAUGAAUUUAUCAUCGAAUUUAUGUAAACUAAUACGAUGUUUCGAUUCAAAUAAAAGUGAUUACUUAGC